AUGGCGUCUUCACAGUCUCUCGUGAAACGCGCCACGGACACGCAGUUAAUGCCACCGCCUCCUCCAACCAAAAAAAUAAAACGCCCCACCACCGUCCUCGACGAAGACAGUUAUACCGAUGCCCUAUCACAUAUCAUCGCGCGAGAUUAUUUCCCGGGUUUGUUGGAGACACAGACGAGGCAGGAAGUGCUGGAUGCGCUGGAGUCGAGAGAUAAGCAAUGGAUUGCGCGUGCGGGGCAGAGGCUGGAGGAGGUCAUGACUCCCAUUAGAGGGAGGAAGAGAGGGAGGAGGGGUGUGAGCAUGACUCCAGCAGCUCGAACUGCGAAUGGAGUGACCGAAACACCGACUACGACGACGGCGACCAUGUAUGGCGGGGACACGCCCAUGUCGACGACUGCCUCGAAAAUCGGCACACCCAUGUCUGUAGUGUCCUCGACGACGACGAACAAAGAGCGAGGCGAACAGGGAGCAAUCGACGUUUCAAAUCUCAGUCUGAAUGCAUUUCAAGCAAAAUACACUAGCGAAGACAACGAAUCUUUCAACAAAGUCCUCGACACCCAAAACGACAAGCGCCGCGAAAAGUAUGCGUGGAUGUGGAACGGGAACAAGAUACUCUCUGCGCGCCAGAUUGCGCAUCGCCAGCGCGAAACAAAACGUAUUACUGACCGCGGAGAUGCCGUCGGGGGCAGCAAAGAGCUCGUUGUUGCAGCAGAGGCUCUGUCUACAGACAUGGACGCUCGCCCCGCCGCGCCAGAUACGUGGAAAGCCGGCGCGCAGAAUUCGCUCAUGUUCAGUCCAGAGGAAACAGAAAACUACGAAACACGCGCGCAAAAGGCAGAGGCGUCGUCACGGGCUGGGCAUAAGAAGGUUGUUUACGAGAAUACUCGUCUGCCUUCUUCCGGCACCGAGCAAGAUGGGCAGCAUCAAAUCCCGCCGUCGCCAUCUCUAUCGGCAAUCAAAGAUGCAAUCGCCGGCCGAAUCCGUCCCACAGAUUCUGAACCAGGCUACACGGGCGGCGAAACUCCGCGCGUGAACGGAUACGCUUUUGUCGAUGAAGAAGACGAAGACGAGGAAGACGAGGCCAUGUAUGAACGUCUCCGACAACUAGCAAGCCAGGGCAUGACCGGCGACGGCGGUGACUCCUCGCCGAACCCAUUCAACAUUAAACAAAACCGCAAACGCGAAGACUUGCAUCAUCGCAUGGUCGACACUGUGGCUCAAAAGAAACGUGCUGAGAAAGCGGCUCCUCACCAACUUUCCUCCUCAACACCUCGCUUUCCGAGUAGUCCAAUGUUUCUGCGCGGAACGACAGCAGGAACUCCGCGCGGGAAUAAUAUGACGCCUGGAAAAACGUUGACGCCGGCUGCGCAGAAGCUUCUGCAAAGAGUUGGAAAUACGCCGAGGCGGGCGGGUGCCAGUACUCCAUCAUCUUCUGGGUUGAAGAAUAUAUGGACGCCGACGCCGCGGAGGCAUAAAUAA